UAUGCUAUAAAAGGGAGACUGACUCAGCACUUGAGGAUCUAAUAUUCUAACAGCACCCCGCUUUUUUCUCCUUGACAUGCAGGAAGAGGUAUCAGAAUCAAGGACAUUCUCAAAGAAGAGGAGACGCUGACACACUUCUUGGUGCACACCUUUGGCCUGCCCGAGUCUGUGGUCUCCCUUCUGAUGAACUCCCAAGUCCGACCUGAGCAGUUUGCCUACGGUGUCCCAGACCUGAUGCUGAAAGACAUUGCCUGCAGUGAAGCCCUGCUAAACCGGUUCAUCAUCUUUGGCCAGCUACAAGGGGCCCAGACUGUCCAGAGAGCCAUGUGCCCCCUGUCCCAAGGCAGCCUGCAGUGGGUGGAAGAUGCCCUGUAUUCCAAUGUGGAUUUCUUUAAGCUCUUUCAGCUGCUUCCCACACUCUUAGAUGGCAGUUCUCAAGGUAUAAAUCUGAGAUCCUGGGGAAGGACUUUAUUUACUGUAUCGCCAAGAGGUAGAGAGUACAUAGAGAAUUUAAAAUACUGGGUAAAUGUCAGCUAUAAUGAAGAUAACAAAUACAAAGCCUUUUUAGACAUAGAUUCUUCCAGAAAAGAUCCUGCAUUUUCUUCUAAUGAGAGAAAAACAUCUUUUUGUAAUUCAUUGAUCCAGAACAUGGAAGCAAACCCUUUAACUAAAAUAGCCUGGAGGGCAGCAAAGCCCUUGCUGAUGGGGAAAAUCCUUUUUACUCCGGAUUCUCCUGCUGUUCAUAAGAUAUUAAAGCAAGUAAGCUAACUCGACUUUGAAGAGCUGGCACGUGUUCAGCAGUUCCUCAAGGCUUGGGAAGAAGUGGGGCCCCAGAUCUGGCAUUUCUUUGACAAGAGCACCCAGAUGGCCAUGAUCCGAGAUACGUUGGAGAAUCCAACAAUGAAAAACUUUGUGAACAGCCAGCUCGUUGGGGAAGGAAUCACAGCUGAAGUCAUUCUCAACUUUCUCUCUAAUGGGCCUCAGCAGGAUCAGCCUAAAGAAGUCCAUUUUGGCUAGAGGAAUGUCUUCAACUUCACAGACCGUACCCUGCGUCUGUUUAAUCAGUACAUGGAGCAUGAUAGAUUCCCAGACCCUAUGAACAAGGUAUCUACAUCCAUGCUGGUCUUUGCUGGCCAAUAUUGGGAUCCUGGUCCAAGAGCUGAUCCAGUGGAAGACUUCCGUUACAUUUGGGGUGGCUUUGUCUACCUACCCAAUCAUGGGGACAUGAUUGAACAAGGGAUUAUAAGGAGCCAGACCCAAGCAGAAGUGCCCAUUAGAGUCUAUCUGCAGCAAAUGCCAUACCCCUGCUUUGUAGAUGACAUGCUCUGCAUUGAAAUUCAGUCUGGUUUCCAGGAGCUACUGAAUCAUGCAGCCCCUUCACUAAUUAUCUUCAACAUGGCGGCUCAGCCACUCAACAAUUGGCCUUAUGGUUCUGCUUAUGGGGAUGAGUUCAUUCCUUCUAGCCAUGGCAACCGCACUUCCCGAAGGUGGUCGGAGCCAGCACCUGGUGGAGAUCCCUAA